AGUGCUUUGAGGGAGACAUGGCAGUCGAGGAGGCAGCCGACUAUUUGGCCGAAACGGAUGUAAAUGCAUGUUACCUUCGAGCAGCUCGGGCUGGUAAUCUAGAAAAGGCUCUGGAUUAUCUGAAAAAUGGAGUGGACAUCAACAUCUGCAAUCAGAACGGCCUUAAUGCUCUGCACCUCGCGUCGAAGGAGGGCCAUGUUGAAGUUGUGUCUGAACUCAUCAAACACGGGGCCAAUGUGGAUGCAGCCACAAAGAAAGGGAACACAGCUCUACACAUAGCAUCGCUCGCAGGGCAGACAGACGUUGUGAAGGAGCUAGUUACUCACGGGGCCAAUGUCAAUGCACAAUCACAGAAUGGCUUCACUCCUUUGUACAUGGCAGCGCAGGAGAACCAUCUGGAUGUGGUGCAGUUUCUUUUGGACAACGGUUCCAGUCAGAGCAUUGCCACUGAGGAUGGCUUCACUCCCCUGGCUGUGGCUCUGCAGCAGGGCCAUGACCAGGUGGUGUCUCUGUUGUUGGAAAACGACACAAAAGGAAAAGUCCGGCUCCCUGCUUUGCACAUCGCUGCACGCAAAGACGACACGAAAGCUGCUGCGCUCCUGCUUCAAAACGACCACAAUGCAGAUGUUGAGUCCAAGAUGAUGGUGAAUAGGACUACAGAGAGUGGUUUUACCCCCCUGCACAUUGCCGCACACUAUGGCAACAUCAACGUGGCCACAUUAUUACUGAACAGAGGAGCAGCUGUGGACUUCAAGGCGAGGAAUGACAUAACUCCGCUGCACGUAGCUUCCAAACGUGGGAACGCAAACAUGGUGCGUCUGCUGCUGGAGCGAGGGGCCAAAAUAGAUGCACGGACCAAGGAUGGUCUGACUCCGCUGCACUGUGGGGCCAGGAGCGGACAUGAGCAGGUGGUGGAGAUGCUGCUGGACAGAGGAGCUCCAAUCCUCUCCAAAACGAAGAACGGACUGUCCCCUCUGCACAUGGCCACACAGGGCGACCACCUGAACUGUGUCCAGCUGCUGCUGCAUCACGAGGUCCCAGUGGACGACGUGACAAAUGAUUAUCUCACAGCUCUGCACGUCGCCGCUCACUGUGGACACUACAAGGUCGCCAAGGUGAUCGUGGACAAGAAGGCCAACCCCAACGCCAAAGCACUGAAUGGGUUCACGCCUCUGCACAUUGCUUGUAAGAAGAACAGAGUCAAAGUGAUGGAGCUGCUCCUGAAACAUGGCGCAUCUAUACAGGCAGUCACUGAGUCUGGUCUCACUCCCAUCCACGUGGCUGCCUUUAUGGGACAUGACAACAUUGUUCAUCAGUUGAUAAACCACGGGGCGUCACCAAACACAAGCAACGUGAGAGGAGAGACAGCCCUCCACAUGGCAGCGCGAGCGGGACAGUCCAAUGUGGUGAGGUAUCUGCUGCAGAAUGGAGCCAGAGUGGAUGCGAAAGCUAAGGACGACCAGACGGCCCUGCACAUUGCCAGUCGACUGGGCAAACCAGACAUUGUUCAGCAGCUCCUGUCCAACGGAGCGUGCCCAGACUCCACCACCAGCUCGGGGUACACACCCCUCCACCUGGCAGCGCGAGAGGGGCACAGGGACAUCGCUGCUGCUCUCUUGGACCAGGGGGCAGGCCAGGGGGUCACUACCAAGAAGGGGUUUACUCCAUUGCAUGUAGCAGCAAAAUAUGGGAAGAUUGAAGUAGCAAACCUGCUCCUACAAAAGGGUGCCCAAGCUGAUGCUGCAGGGAAGAGUGGACUAACCCCACUGCAUGUGGCAGCGCACUAUGAUAACCAGAAGGUGGCGUUGCUCCUGCUGAACCAGGGAGCGUCGCCGCAUGCUGCAGCCAAGAAUGGAUACACUCCUCUUCACAUUGCAGCUAAGAAGAAUCAGAUGGAGAUUGCCACGACAUUACUGGAGUAUGGGGCCUCCACCAACACUGUAACGCGUCAGGGCAUCACUCCUCUUCACCUGGCAGCACAAGAAGGCAACGUAGAUAUGGUUACGCUACUAUUGGCCCGGGACGCUCCUAUCAACAUGGGCAAUAAGUCUGGCCUGACUCCGCUCCACUUGGCUGCCCAGGAGGAUAAAGUCAAUGUGGCUGAAGUUUUAGUAAAUCAAGGAGCGACUAUUGACCCAGAGACCAAGUUGGGCUACACUCCUCUCCAUGUGGCCUGUCACUACGGCAACAUAAAGAUGGUCAAUUUCCUGUUGAAAAACCAGGCGAAGGUCAACGCAAAGACCAAGAACGGGUACACUCCUCUGCACCAGGCCGCUCAGCAGGGGCACACUCACAUCAUCAACCUGCUCCUGCGCCACGGGGCAUCUCCAAACGAACUCACUGCGAAUGGAAACAGUGCUCUGUCCAUUGCCAGACGACUCGGAUACAUCUCUGUGGUGGACACUCUCAAAGUCGUCACGGAGGAGACUGUAACUACUCAGACUGUGACAGAGAAGCACAAGAUAAAUGUCCCAGAGACCAUGAAUGAAGUUUUGGACAUGUCCGACGAUGAAGUGCGUAGGGCCAAUGUUCCUGAAAUGAUCACAGACGACUAUUUAUCUGAUGUGGACGAAGGUGAUGAUGCGAUGACGGGGGACACGGAUAAGUAUCUGGCGCCCCAGGACCUGAGGGAGCUGGGGGACGAUUCUCUGCCUCAGGAGGGAUACAUGGGCUUUAGCGUUGGAGCUCGGUCACAAAGCCUGCGUUCCUUCAGUUCUGAUAGGUCCCAUACUCUGAACCGCAGCUCCUACACCCGUGACAGCAUGAUGAUUGAAGAGAUGCUGGCCAACAAGGAGCAUUUGUCUGUGGCUAAGGACUGUGACAACGACUCACUGAGGAGAUAUAGCUGGACUGCGGACGCCCUGGAUAAUGUUAAUCUGGUUUCUUCACCGAUCCACUCCGGGUUCCUGGUCAGUUUCAUGGUCGAUGCAAGGGGCGGGUCUAUGAGAGGAAGUCGCCAUAACGGAAUGCGCAUCAUCAUCCCACCCAGGAAGUGCACCGCACCCACCAGGAUCACGUGCCGAUUGGUCAAGAGGCACAAGCUGGCGUCUCCUCCCCCCAUGGUGGAGGGGGAGGGGCUGGCCAGUCGGCUGGUGGAGGUGGGGCCAGCGGGAGCACAGUUUUUGGGGCCUGUGAUAGUGGAGAUCCCCCAUUUUGGCUCAUUGCGGGGCCAGGAGAGGGAGCUGAUUCUGCUGAGGAGCGAGAACGGAGAAAUCUGGAAGGAACAUUUGUACGAUUGUAAAACAGAUGACCUCAACCAGAUUCUCAAUGGGAUGGAUGAAGAAUUGGACAGUGCAGAUGAACUGGAGAAGAAACGAAUAUGCCGUAUUGUAACCAAGGACUUCCCACAAUACUUCGCUGUUGUGUCACGGAUCAGGCAGGAGACAAAUCACAUGGGACCAGAGGGCGGGACUUUGUACAGCCGCAGCCUCCCAUUGGUCCAAGCUUCUUUCCCAGAGGGCGCACUGACCAAGAAAAUUAAAGUGGGACUGCAGGCCCAGCCUGUCCCUGAGGAGCUGGUGCAGAAGAUCCUUGGUAACCGGGCGACCUUCAGCCCCAUCGUUACUGUGGAGCCAAGAAGGAGGAAGUUCCACAAGCCCAUCACCAUGACGAUCCCGGUGCCACCUCUGUCCGGAGAAGGACUCACCAAUGGGUACAAGGGAGACUCCACGCCCUGCCUCCGCCUCCUCUGCAGCAUCACAGGUGGUACAUCUCCAGCACAAUGGGAGGACAUUACUGGCACGACUCCUCUCACUUUUGUCAACGACUGCGUGUCCUUUACUACCAAUGUUUCAGCCAGGUUCUGGUUAGCAGACUGUCACCAGAUCCCAGAGACAGUUGGCUUGGCCACUCAGCUGUACCGGGAGCUUAUAUGUGUGCCGUAUAUGGCGAAGUUUGUGGUGUUUGCCAAAAUGAACGACCCGGUGGAGUCCAGGCUCAGGUGCUUUUGCAUGACUGACGACAAGGUGGACAAAACGCUAGAACAGCAGGAAAACUUUGAAGAAGUGGCACGAAGCAAAGACAUAGAGGUUCUUGAGGGUCGUCCGAUUUAUGUGGACUGCUAUGGAAACUUGACGCCUUUGACUAAAGCUGGUCAGCAGCUAGUGCUUAACUUCUAUGCCUUUAAGGAGAAUCGAUUGCCCUUCUGUGUCAAGGUGCGCGAUCCCAGCCAGGAGCCAUGUGGUCGUCUCACUUUCCUCAAAGAAUGUAAGACCAUAAAAGGACUUCCUCAGACCGCUGUUUGCAAUCUCAACAUCACACUUCCUGCUGUGAAGAAGGAUGUGGAGUCAGAUCCAGAGGAAGAGGAGGAGGAGGACAAGAAGAAAGAGAAGAAUCCACAAAGCCCAUGUGAGAGGACUGACCUCCGCAUGGCCAUUGUAGCAGACCACCUUGGACUCAGCUGGACUGAGCUGGCCAGGGAGUUGAAUUUCUCUGUGGACGAGAUCAACUUCAUUCGUGUGGAAAACCCCAACUCUCUGACUGCUCAGAGCUUCAUGCUGCUAAAGAAAUGGGUGCACAGGGACGGUAAAAAUGCCACAACGGAUGCCUUAACUACGGCGCUCACUAAGAUCAACCGGUUGGAUAUUGUGACUUUGCUGGAAGGGCCCAUAUUUGACUACGGUAACAUUUCAGGCACUCGCUGCUUUGCCGAUGAUAACGCAGUAUUCCCGGAUCAGUCCGAUGGAUACCACAAUGUAGAUCUGGAACUGCAGACGCCCUCUUCCCUCAACUAUGAGCCCCCCACCCCUCUCCGAUCGGACGACUUCUUUGGAGAAUCUCUUGUAGAGUCCCCAAAUAGGACCUCCGUUUCUAGGCCAACAGAUUUGUCUCUGAAUCAAACUUUAAGUACCUCCAGUAGUGACCCCACCACAGUCGCACCUCAGUUAGCAUCCCAAGAGGACGUUAUUAUUGAAUCCAGCCUACACAGAGAGGUGACAGUCUCCUACGAGAGCCCGGGAAAUGACAGAAGAUCCGUAGAGAAACAAGUUAAAGAUCUGGAGCUGGAACAAGAUGGCGGCGAUGUGAUUUUGGACAAAAACGACAGAAAAGAGGAAGAGGAGGAGGAAGAGGAGAUGACCCAAGAGCGGAUACAGAGUUUACUGGAGGACAUCAAGCUGGAGGGAGGCUUGGAGGACCAGGAGAUGACGGAGGAGAGGGUCAGUGCGAUUCUCGAACAAGUACGGCAAGCAGAGAGGGACAUGUCUUCAGUUUCAGGUUGGCAGGAAGCAGAGGCGUCUGGAGCAGCAGCGGAGUCUGCGGGGCAACCGGACGGUGCAGGGCCAGAGGAGGGCAGCCCUGACAGUUUGGCUGAUUCCCUUGAGCAGCCGCCAGUGAAGACCGAGAAACAAAAUGGAGGCCACAGUGACGCUGCGAGAGACGAGAAAGAGACCAAGAAGAAGAAGGCAUCCAAGGAGGAGAGCAACAAAGCCCAGGGAGGGGCCAGAGCUGCAGACUCUGACUCCGAUGACGAGGCCACAGUGACCACUCGAGUGUAUCGCCGAAGGGUCGUGCUCAAGGGCGAGGAGGCCAAAAACCUUCCUGGGGAGUCUGUGACAGAGGAGCAGUUCACAGAUGAAGACGGAAAUCUGGUCACAAGAAAAGUGAUCAGAAAGGUGGUGCGUCGUGUGUACAACUCAGAGGAGUUAAAAGAGGGGGAGACAGUCACUGUGGCUGUAGAUGUUGGUGGUGGUGUUGGUGGUGGUGCUGAUGACUUACCUGCAGGGGGCGCUGACACUGACCCUGACCCUGCCCCUUCUUCAGGAAAAGGGGGAAAGGGCAAGAAGAAGGGCAAGCGUUCUCGAGGCAAAUCUGAGUCUGGAGAAGGAGGCAGCAAAAAACAAGGCAAGAAGGGUCAAUCGUAACAGUGAAGCUCAUGAACUGAUCCACAGUCGUCCACCUGUGACAUCGCGCACCUGGAGGGAAUUCUCAAACUGGAAACACCUGCACCGGGAGCCAUGUUGACAACACCAAAAUCUGAAAUUUUCACUUUUAAAAAAACGCAUGGUUUUACAGAAGCAAAACAACUUCAUUUAUACAUUUGAUUUCGCAUGAGCAUGUCACCACUACUUUUACGGUUGGAACAGCAAACAACACACAGCGCAGGGACCGAGUGUGACCAAAGAUGGCGCUCCUGGGACAAAAAAUCGAGAAUACAAAACGGACUUCCUGAUAGACACUUGCCUUAUAUGGUCGACUUUUCCUGUUGGAGCCACAGUAUUCAGGUGCACUGAGUGGUUCCUAGAUUGAAAAUAAUGAAUUCUAGCAGCGAAUGGGUGAUUUUAAUGUAAAUAAUUGACACUGUAUAAAUCAAUAGAGUUUAUGCACUGAUGAGCGGGGGGAAAGCUUUGCAGAAUCAGUGAGUUUGUAUGGAGCGAUGGGCACUUAAGUCUUCAGUGUCCCUCCUCAAUGUUGCUCUUCCUGAAAACUACAAAACAAGCUGUAUGUACAUGAAUGACAAAAGUGCUUGAUGAUUAACAAAAUGGACGUUUCUUGAAUCCAGUUGUUACUACCCGGAAAUAUUUUUUUGAUUUGACUCAGAGAAACUAAUUUUUGCUGCAUGUAACGUCACUUUAUUUUAACUUUCCUAAUUUUCCUGCUAAUACGAAGCACUGUAAUCCUCCUAUUACGAUGGUACUUCUGUGUGGACACUCAUAGUAACUCAUCUAUGCCUGUUUUUAUUUGAUUUUUUUAUAAUCUUUCUACACACUCCGCUCAUUCAAAUACUUAUGCUUCCACAAAUACUAGCUAGCAGUUUGCAAUUACUCACCAAUACAAAUGACUGUAGACUUUGUUAGCUUCAAAACGCUAGCUGCCUCAUGUGCACCGAAUAGUCUGUAUGCUCAUGCUUCUACUUGCUUUUAGAUCUGCUGUGUUUUUUAAAGGGGACUUUUUAUUUUGAUGGUUUGAUGAUUUUUAAUCUUUAUUUAAUUGGUUGUAUUUUAACACAAGAGCAGAAGAUCUCAUUUUUAAUACCAAUAGGAUAAAAACGUUGUACUUUUUACUUAAAUCAACAGUAUUGUUAAAGAUCAGAUUUUCUGUUCCUGUGUACAUUUGUGUGUCUGUCUUUUUUCAUACAAAAGCACCGAAGCAUCCACUGUCUAAAGAUGACGAAACCUGGUACAACCCUGUAUGGACAUAGCCUACACUGGAUGAACAAAAUAAUUAUUUAAG